UGAGCGCAAUAAUUCAGAAGUCCCAGAGGAAGUUGCCAAGCAUUUGAACGACUAUUACCCAUUUCUCUUAUAAACAGCACUCUCCACUUGCAGCAACUACUUCCUUCCAACACCUCUCUUUCUUUCUUUCUUGCAAAAACCUGCGUUUUGCUUUCAUCUUUUUUCUUCGGCACUUGAGAGAGAUGGCUGAACAAAUCCCCUAUGGUGUUGCCACUUCACUCGUCAACAAGAUUGCUUCACUUGCCUUUCGUGAAAUCGGGAGGAUCUAUGGAGUCAUGGAUGACCUUGAGAAGCUGAAGGACACUUUGGAAUCCAUCCAAGUCGUGCUUUCUGAUGCUGAGCUCAAACAAGGCCAGAAUGCUACUAUUGCCCACUGGAUCAAAAGGUUCAAAAAAGUGCUCUAUGAUGCUGAUGACUUGCUUGAUGACGUCUUCAUCAAAGACUUGCGCCGCAAAAGAAUGAGUCAGGUGCGUGGCUUCUUUUCCAAAUCUGUGAAUCCAAUUCUUUUCCGUGCUAAGUUAGCUCGUAAGAUUGAGAAUAUUCGAAAGGAGUUUAAUAAUGUUGCUCAAGAUAUGUCUAAGUUGAACCUGAAUCAGAGUUCGGUAAUUCUUAAGCAAGAUGAGUGUGCGUGGAGGGAAACAAGUUCGUCCGUUUUGCAAUCAGAGAUAAUUGGAAGAGAAGAGAAUAAGAAUGAAAUUGUUAACCUGCUGAAGCAAACUCAUCCGAACCAAAAUGUUUCUUUAAUUGUUGUUGUUGGUAUGGGGGGUUUAGGCAAGACAGCCCUUGCUCAGCUCGUGUACAAUGCUGCUAAAGACCAGAACCUCUUUCAGAAAUACAUGUGGGUGUGUGUUUCAGAAGAUUUCGAUGUGAAAACUAUUUUGAAGAAGAUGCUGGAGUCUUUAAAGAAGGAUGCUGUUGGUGAUUCAUUAGAGGCCCUACAACAGAAGUUGCGAGAAGCAUUGAAUGGGCAAAAUUAUAUGCUUGUGCUUGAUGACGUGUGGAAUGAAGAUCAUUCAAAGUGGAGUGAUUUAAGAACACAUUUGAUGUGCGGAGGUCAAGGCAGUAAGCUAUUAGUUACGACUCGUAGUACAUUGGUUUCUAAAGCAAUGGGUAUUGACGAGCCGUAUGUUUUGAGUGGUUUGACAGAUGAGCAAUCAUGGACAUUGCUAAAGAACCUGACAUUUGGUGAAGAUAGCAGCAGAAUGAGCUCUGAAUUGCAAACAUUCGGAGAGGAAAUCGCAAAGAAGUGUAGAGGAGUGCCCUUGGCGAUCAAAACAAUAGGAGGCUUCCUACGGAUAAGGGUUGAAGAAAUUGAUCAAUGGUCAAGUCUUCUGCAUGGUGAUAUUUGGAGGUUAUGUGAAGAAGAGAAUAAUAUCAUGCCGGUGCUAAAUUUGAGUUACCGAAACUUGCGUCCUGAACUAAGACAAUGUUUUGCGUAUUGUUGUCUAUAUCCAAAGGAUUCAGUAAUAAAAAAGGAUGAAUUGAUUCAAUUGUGGAUGGCUCAAGGUUAUCUUGCAAGUCCAAUUGAAACACAAUCUAUGGAAGAUAUAGGUAAUCAAUAUGUCAAGAUUUUGUUAAUGAGGUCAUUUUUCCAGGAUGCAUCAAUGGAUGAAAAUGGUCAUAUUAGGUCGUUUAAAAUGCAUGAUUUGAUGCAUGAUCUUGCAACGUUAGCUGGAAAUGAUUGUUACUUACAUACAGAGGGAAAAGCAAUUGUUGGAAGACCCAUGCACGUGGCAUUUGAAACUAGCACCGAUUGUUCAUUGGAUGUGUUUGAUGUUUGCAAAUUACGGACAAUCAUCAAUUGCAAGAUUGCUACCAAUUUAGUGGCCAAACUCUCUUUUAUGGAAAAACUGAAGUGCCUUCGUGCUUUGAAUUUGUCAUUUCAUUCUAUGUCUCAGCUACCAAAGUCCAUUGAAAAAUUCAAACAUUUAAGAUAUCUUGAUCUUUCAUACUCUCAAAACCUAGGAAGUUUGCCUGAAUCGAUUGGCAAUCUUGUUUGUUUGCAAACAUUAAAAUUAGAACAUUGUAAAUCUUUAGUUAGUUUGCCUGAAUCGAUUGGCAAUCUUGUUUGUUUGCAAACACUAAAUUUAAAAGAUUGUCAAUCUUUAAUUAGUUUGCCUGAAUCGAUUGGCAAUCUUGUUUGUUUACAAUUAUUAAAACUAAAACGUUGUAGAUCUUUAGUUAAUUUGCCAGAGUCAGUUGGCAAUCUUAUUUGUUUACAGUCAUUGAUAUUAAAUGAUUGUGAGCAACUUGUUUUUCCAACAAAAAUAAUUACAAAAUUGAUCAAUUUGAAGAAGCUGGACAUUGAAGGUUGUAAAGCCUUUGAAGAUGGCAUGCCAGUAGGAUUGGAGAAAUUGAUUUCAUUGCAAUCCUUAUCAAGCUUUGUAGUAGGGAAUAACAAAAAAGAUACAAGUGGCAAAUUGAAUGAACUGAAAGAGCUUGUUGACCUCAGAGGCAAAUUGACCAUUAGUGAAUUGGGUUUGGUAAAGGACGCGGCAUCGGAAUCUCAUGAGACAAAUAUGAGAUCAAAGAAACACAUCCAAGACCUUUCUCUGUUAUGGGGGCUCAGAGUCUCUGAUUCCAGUGAAUAUGAAAUAAGAAAGAGUGAGAGCUUGGUGUUAUUGGAUAAUCUUUGUCCCCAUCAGAAUCUGAGAUCACUACAAUUGGAAGGCUUUCCAGGAGUGAGGUUUUCAGAUUGGCUUAUGUCGCUAAUUCAUGUUGUUCGCAUAUCUCUCUUCUAUCUUCCCAAUUGCAAACAUCUCCCACCUUUGGAGAGACUGCCUUGUCUUCGUGAGCUUGAGAUUAAGUUUAUGAGAUCGCUGGAGUGGAUGGAUUAUUAUGAAAAUAUUGGCGAUGUGUUCUUCCCAUCUUUGGAGCAACUCAAAAUCUCUUUCUGUGGGAAUCUGAGGGGAUGGGAGAUGUUAGGGGAUGAUAAGAAUGAAAAUGAGACUCAAAACCAUCUUUCUCUACCUCCUUUUCCCCGUCUGUCUUCUCUCGUAAUUAAUGAUUGUCCAAAGUUGACAUGCAUGCCUUCUUUCCCACACGUUGAGAAGUUGGAGUUAGAAUGGCAUAGUAACGUGAAGCCGACGUUGGAAACAUGUAUGGUUAAGCAUGAGUCUUCAUCCAUCUCUCCUCUCUCUCAUCUCAAGCAGCUUUCGGGAGUUACAGAGAUAGAAGCAAUGGCAGAGGACUGGAUGAAAAACCUCACAUCGCUCCAGAGUCUCCACCUUGGUGGAUCGUCAGCCAUUCAGAUUCUGUCACGACACUUGCAAUAUCUUCCUUCUCAACUUCAACACUUGGAUAUAAGUUUCGAUGACGAGAAGCUUGACCUCUGGAAACACACACAAGGUCGUGGUCCUCCUCAUGCGCUCUCUUCUCUGCAGACAAUCAUCUUCUACGGUUGUGAGAACAUGAAGGCUUUACCCGAGCAGAUUGGCAACCUCCAAUCACUAAGGGUUUUAGAGAUUAGCCAUUCACCUAAAUUAGAGUCAUUGGAUGAAGCUGAACGUUGCCUUACCAACAUACACACACUACGGAUCUAUGGUUGUCCAAUCCUAAAGCGCAAAUACGACCCUGAUAGUGGAGAAGAUCGGGCCAAGAUUGCUCACAUCCCAAACAUAACCAUAUAAUGAGAUUGAUCCCCUCAAAAGGGGAUUCUUGAAAAUCAUUUUCAUCUUGGCAUACUUUCAAAUUUCAAUAGGCCCAUGUCCGCUGCUUCAACAUGGAUGAUUGAUUAGGAAGAUACAAAUAUUUAGUCUCAUCAUUCCAUUUUGCAAAAUGUUGAAUCCUCAAGAUGGUCAAAUUUUGACCCAGUUCCUCCUUUGGGUACAACACUGAUUAAAUUUAUUUUCUUGGUUAGGUAGCAUGUAAAGGAAGUGACAUUCAGCUACAAGCGAAUUACCACUAGUUUCAAACUUAUUUAGUUUGUGCAAUAACCCGGUUAGCACAUGAGAUGGAGUGUUUUGUUUACAACAAAUGGUUCAUGUAAAUGCAUAGGCAUGGCUUAUCCUUCAGAUUUCAGUUGUGGCAUCUAAAAGUAGCUAUGGAAAAAGAAGAGGAUUCCAACUUAGAAAAUAGGAAGCUGUUUUUAUGAUGAAUAUUUACAUCAAGAUUAUUUCCAGAAGGCAUCAGAGAUGGAUUAAGAGAAAUGUUGCUGGUAUUGAACUACUUGAUCUGCUUCUUCUGGUGUGGAACACCUCUUAUGUCAUCACCUCUCUUAAUUUAGUUGGAGCUCCUUCCAGUCUUUGCAAUAUUUGCGGAGAAAGAAAAGUUCUUGGGCCAUGAUAUAUAACUCACUAUCCAAUAGAGCGCCAGUUCUUAGAAGAUUAUUGGGUUUGGAUUCUCAUAUUGCCUCUUCAUUUUCCUUGUUUAUAAUUAAAUUUGCCGUUCAAGCAAGAGCAUUAUCUGGCUUCAUGUGAUAACGAUUAAAUGACUAGUUGGAUCCAUAUAUGGUUUUGUGGCAUCUCCUCCUCCUGAUGGCCAUGCCGAAGGGAGCGGGUAGAGUUGCUGGGUAGGUUAUUUCAAGGCACAGUGGAGAUUGCUUUAUUUCUUGCUUCAUGUGAAAGAUAUUCCUACAUUUGAUUUCAGGUUGGUGAUUAUGUAAUAUGGGUUGUGGCUAUUUGAGACGCAACAUGGUAAUAGGAGGUUUGGUAUGAACUGGCAUGUAUGUUCAUUGAGAUAGGCUUAUUGUACGGGAAUUUAUUGUUCAAACUUCCCAUGUUUGUGUAUGUUGUUCUAUGAUCUGUGAUGUGAUAUCAUAAACUUUGAUGUAUCACCUACUGUGUUUCCCUCUUGUUUUGGAAGCACACUUUAUCUAUCUAAAACGAGUAUUAUCACAA